UUAAUGCAAAUAUCAUGCAGGACAUUAGAACUGACUCUAUUCUGUUUAGAUGCGAAACACAUUCUGUUAAGCUAUUCUUGUAAAAAUUACUGAGCUGAAAAUUUUCUUCUAAGUAAAGCGUUUGUGGCCAAAGUUCAAAAUGGAUGAGCUAAUAUGGCAGGAGCACACCUAUGUUAUUGAGAAGGCUCCUGGUGUAGGUUUUGGUAUUGCAAUAAGUGGGGGAAAGGACAACCCUGGUGUACAAAGUGGAGACACAUCAAUUAUUCUCUCUGAUGUUGUAAAACAGGGGCCAGCUUAUGAUAAGCUUAAGAUCAAUGACAUUGUGUUAAGGGUAAAUGGAAGGCCCAUGUAUAAUGUAGCACACCAUCAAGCAGUGAAAGAAUUAAAGAAUGCAGGUCACAGGGUCGAAUUGACUAUUAAGCGUAAAGUUUUGGUUCGAGUUGGAAGAGAGACACCACCUCCUGGGAGGCUGAGUAGAAGUCGUAGCCGUGACUUGGAUGACUUGCCACGGCACCGGUCACGAAGCCGCGACCUUGACCAUUCCCCUGACAGACACCGUUACCGCUCCCGAAGCAGGGAUCUAGAUGACUCAAGGAGACGGCACCGUUCCAGGAGCCGCGACCUUGAUUCUUCAAGACACCGCAGACAGAGGUCACGUGGCAGGGACGUCAGCAGGAGCAGAAGCAGAACCCCACCCAGGAGCAGCCGUAGGGGGCGCAGUUACAGCAGAUCACCCUCAAGGUCAGAUAGAAGGAGAUCUCCUUCAUAUGCUAGCAGCAGUCCAUCAGUGCAUAGAAGCAGAAGGGGAAGAUCUCGUUCAAAAACUCCACCUAGAAGGAGAAGCCGAAGUUUCACACCCAGCAGUCGUAGUGCCAGCCCUGUACGCAGGGGUUCACCUGGUAGAAUGGAGUCACACAAGCCUAUGGAAGACUUGCGUUCUGCCUCACCCCUCUCCCCUGACCCUGACAGUGCAGCAUCAGAUGGGGACAUGAUGGUCUUCCCUGUCAAAAACCGUGAACCAAAGACAGUUGUUCUUAAGAAAACAAGAUGGAACAAUUCAUAUGGUUUGAAACUUGGGACAAGAAUUUUUAUCCAAGAUAUUCAGCCUGGAAGCUUGGCGGAUAAAAGCUCCGAUAUUUCAGCAGGAGAUACCAUUUUGAUGAUCAACGGUCGAAAUGUUGACAACAAAUCUGUCCAAGAAGCGAUUCAAAUCAUUGGACUUAGCAAGGAUAAAGUGACGAUGCUCGUGAAGAAACAGGACGGAGGAACCGUCUCUAUUCCUGCGGAAAGGUUCCGCGCUCCGGCAGCAGAACCUGAUAAACAUGAAGAGGAUCAUAAAGAAGACACAGCAAGUGAUGAGGAAAGUGACCACUCUCGUCGUAGCUCAAUAUCAAAAGAAUCAGAACCUGCUGAGCCUCCAGUUGUACCAGUCCAAGCUAAAGAGCCAAAAGUGGAACCAAAAUCUGAGAAAAAGCAAUUUGGAGGAAUUCGUGUCCUCCCGAUGGGAAAUGCUGCUGCCCAAGAGUCCUCAUCUGACUCCGAGAGCUCCCGCUCCACUCCUGAGCCUGCCCCGAGAUCAAAAAGUGAUGAUGGGCAUGAUCCCCAUUACUCCUUGCCUCCUGCUGAUGAAGAAACUGGUCCAGUUCUUCCACCUACAGCUAGGAAUAUUGACUUUAUUAAGGGCAAAAAUGUUGGGAUAAGACUUGCAGGGGGCAACGAUGUGGGUAUAUUUGUUGCUUCCGUGCAGGAAAAUAGCCCUGCUGCUAAAAAAGGCUUGAAAAUGGGGGACCAAAUAUUAUCUGUAAAUGGAGUAAACUUCCGUAACAUAAUUCGUGAAGAAGCAGUUCUUACAUUGAUGGGUCUUCCUGCUGGUGAAGAAGUAAAUAUCAUUGCCCAACCGCAACCUAAAGUUUACCAAAAGAUCCUGGAGCAUGGAACUGGAGAUUCCUUUUACAUCCGGACUCACUUCAAGUACGAGAAGAGCGGAGAUCAUGAGAUGUCUUUCAAACAAGGCUCUGCAUUCAGGAUAAGUGAUACUCUCUAUCAGGGUAUGGUGGGAUACUGGCUUGCUGUUCGAAUCGGGAGGAAUAACAUGGAAAUUGAAAGAGGAGUCAUCCCUAACAGUAGCAGAGCUGAGCAGUUAAAGAUGGUUCAAGAUAGGAAGAUAGCUCAGAUGAAGGAGCGUGGCAAGGGAGGCAUUGGUCGUCGUUUUGGUAAAAACACUCGAUCUGACGCUCCAUCAAUAGGUGUCAGUUCAAACAUGUUCCCCGCAUAUGAACGUGUCGUGCUACGUGAAGCUGGUUUCAAGCGUCCGGUUGUUAUAUUUGGCCCGCUGGCCGACAUUGCACGUGAGAGGCUUGCAGCAGAUUAUGCAGCUCAUUAUGAAGUAGCAAGAAAUGAAGGAACUGUCAGUGGACAGAAAUCGAACAGGAAAGGCGUUAUCAGGUUGAAUACAAUCAAAGAUAUCAUUGAAAAGGAUAAGCAUGCUGUAUUGGACAUCACACCAACAGCAGUUCAGAAACUGAACUAUGCUCAGCUCUACCCCAUAGUUGUGUUCCUGGAGCCACAAUCCAAAGCAACGGUGAAAGAACUGAGAGCAAAACUGGCGUGCACUGAGCAAGAGAAGAAAAAGAAGCCAGGAAAGUUGUAUGAUAGAGCUACAAAGAUGCAGAGAGGAUAUAGUCACGUUUUCACAGAUACGAUCCGAUUAACAUCUGGCAGUGAUGAUUGGUACCGAAAGCUGUACUCAACUAUUAAAGACCAACAGAGCACACCAGUGUGGGUGUCUGAGGACAAGUUGGGAGGUGGAGGAGAGGAGGACACAGAAGGAGUCACCGUUCCCGGUGAUGAUGAUCAGUUCUCGUACGUCUCCGCUCCUGCAAGUGAUUACAGCGUGACAACCGUGGGAUCGGAGAUGCUGAACUCCUCCAGGAUGUCGGAUGAUGAGGAAGAGGAUCUUCCGCAUAAAUAUCCUCCCAAGGCACCAGCAUCCAGUUCCGAUGAGGAGCAGGGAAACAAAUUUGGUGACGAAGAUUUUGAUGAUGCUCUUAAUGAAUUUGAGGAUGAACCGCCAGUGGAGAAACCAGCUUCUCCUAUGUUAGAACCAGAACCUAUGCCUGCAGCCCCACCUAGGGAGAAGAAACUGAGUAAACAAGCCUCUUCUGCCACGUCAAGCUCCAGCAGCUCGGAAGAGGAGCCACCCCCCCUAGUUGCCCCGAAGCCCCCCUCCUCCAAUCGCGUUAUCACUAAAGUCGAACCACCGAGAGGCAGGCAAGAGAUACCUGCCGGAAGAUUUGACCCACAGUCGUUUUUAAAAAAUCAUAUUCGUGGCUUAAACAAAACGACAACAAAAGAGGAAAACCCCCGUGCCCAACAAGGACCCCCACCCCCUGCACAUCAACCAAUCAGAUCAGUCGCUGCCCCGGUUGCUAGAGAACAACCCCCACCACAAGAAAGACCCCAGCCAUCUCAAGCUCCAAGGCCUGAAGCUGUAUAUGCUCAAGUUAACAAAAACAGACCAACUGCCCAACCUCAGCACAACAACAACAACCUGAACCCCAACCACAAGGUCACCCAAGAGAGUCCAUGGGUCGUGAUUACGCGAGCGAAAUUGAUAACUUUAUUUCAAACGAUCCAUACCGGAGGAAUCCAGCUCAAGAUAACCGGAAUAUACCGGAUAAUAGAUACAAAGAACCCACACCCCAACAACCAGCACAACCAACUCAAUACAAUAGAUUUGCUGGAUCAAGUCAAGCAAAGGCAGAACCAAAGCCUUACCAGCCCUACAGUGCAAACAAGCCACAAGAAUACAGACCCCCAGUUUCAAAUGGAUUUUCAAAUGCUCCACCUAAGUCUAAGUUUGUGCAAGAGAAAUAUAAAGACUACAUGAGUCAAAUUAAACCAAGCUCCAGCACUUCAUACAACUCUGCAUACAACCCGCGACCUUACAAACCAAGUGGCUUUGCCCCCGUCACAACUUCCCACAAGAACGGCCCACUGAAAGAACACAUGUACGACAGUGGUGUUGAUACGUAUGAUAAUGCAAAACCUAAACAACCUGAACCACCUGUUCUCAGCCCCAUUGCUAAUGAUGAGGACGAUCCGCAAGUUGUUGCUACAGCUCGAGGUAUGUUCGACAGCAAUGGGGGGGUGCUUAGUUCCGUUGAAACUGGGGUAUCCAUUGUCAUCCCAAAGGGAGCUAUAAGACCUGGUGUGAGACAGGAAAUCUACUUCAAGGUUUGCAGAGACAACACAGCCCUACCACCCCUGGAUAAAGAUAAAGGAGAAACUCUUCUCUCCCCUCUGGUGAUGUGUGGACCCCAUGGACUCCAAUUCGAGCACCCCGUUGAACUUCGUUUACCACAUUGUGCGUCAAUGACCCCAGACGGCUGGUCUUUUGCUUUGAAAACCUCCGACCCAGGCGAGCCAUCUCAAUGGCAGAACGUGAGCGUGCCCAGUGAAAGCAACAACUACGACGUCGGUAGCAACAGCGUUUCUGUUCUUAUCGACCAUUUCUGAAGUCCGUAAUCUGGAAAAAAAAACUUUUCCGGCAGUAUCACGCGUCAGUUCGCCGGGUGUAAAUAUUGUUCCGACGGUAUAUAUCUCUUCCGCGAGGUUUUUAUUCGAAUGUGCCUAUUUUUGUAUCCAAUUCUUGAAUCAUAACGGUACGAUUCAUGUAUAAAGCUGUAUUUUGUUAUGGUACUGCACAGAAAAUGAAAUUUUUAUUUGUCGCAUGGUUGCACCACGGAUGCUAUUGUUUCGCUUGGGGCUGUAACCCAACGUGGUAUGACUGAUUGUAUUUCAGACCUAAUUGGACACCAUAGUUAUACUACAUAAUCAAUAUGUCACCUUUAAUAUGCAUUAAUGAUAUUGUGAGUGUGUAAAAUGUAGAACAAUGCCCCUUUUCCUUUUUCGCGGCACUCUCUCUCAUCGUGUUCUCUCGUUUUUUCGCAGAUUGUGUUCAUUUUAUAUACGAUCGGUUUUAUCGCUCAAGACGCGUGUAAUAACGAAUCCUGUAAUCCCCUAAUUGAUUUUAUAAAGUGUAUAUGUAUAUAUGGACACGACCAAUUCUGUAAUCCCACAUUCUGUAAAGAAACAUGAACCAAGCACCGAAA